AUGGGAGAAGAUGCAGAUAUCCUAUUGGAUGGUGUGAGGAUAUCCAAGAGGAUUCGUAAUGUAGCCUAUGAGUGGGAACUACCGCAGGAGUUAGUCGUAGUUCAUCCAGUGUUUGACAUUUCUAUUUUGAAGAAGUGUAUAGGUGAUCCUUCACUUAUCAUACCUACAAAAGACAUUGGUAUUAAGGUUAUCAUAUCUUAUGAAGAGAUUCCUGUUCAAAUUCUAGAUCGGCAGAUUAGCAAGUUCAGGACCAAAGAAGUAGCAUUAGUCAAAGUUCUAUGGAGAAAUCAGUUCAUUGAGGAAGGUACUUGGGAAGAUGAGGAGGACAUGAAGAAGAGAUACCCACAACUCUUUGAGUCCGGAGGAUCUCCAAAUUAA